AUGGGCUCGCACGGCUGGGCCCCGCGCCAGGCCUGCGAGUUGGGUUCCCUGGCGCGCAACAAGGGCGCCGCGGCGGACACGCAGCUCAGAGGACGCACCCCCAGAUUCCAGCGGGGACGCAUCGUGACGCACCUGGCCGCGGCCCAAAGGUGGGCCACCUUCGCGAGGCUCGGCUGCCAGGGCUGCAAGGGCGCGCUCCUCCUCGUUGAAGACGACGAAGUCCACCUGCUGAUCCCGCUCGAGGCUUCCGACGACGACCUCUACAUAGUCCACCCUCAACAGGAAGGGACCGACAGGUUCGGCAUCGACGCGGCCGCCGUGAAGUCGUGGACCGAGGCCGCCACAGAAGAAAUGACCUUGCCGAUUCGCCUUCGCGGUGUCCCUAGGCCUGCUGACGGGGGCGCGUUUGGCCGCGGGGCCGCAGCGCGCGGUGCGGGUCCUUCUGCAGGAAAAGGGCCACCAGUCGAGACGUGA